AUGUCUUUAGAAGAUCACGAAACCAAAGAACUAUUUACAAAUGAAAAAGUUAUAAUUAAGAAUAAGAAAAAGAUAGGAACCGGUGACUGGUUAGAAAUAGAAGAAAUAGAAUAUAUUGAACCUAUAACUAAAACCAUAAGAACCUGGGAAGUUUGCAAAAGGAAAACUAACUUCGUAAAACAAGAAGUUGAUGAUAUACAUGGAAUUAUACAUAGUCCAAAUUUACCACCACAAAUAAUUUUGGUUAUUCAAUACCGACCUCCUAUUGAAAGAUAUUGCAUAGAAUUUCCAUCUGGAUUAAUUGAUCAAGGAGAAACAGUAGGAGAAGCAGCAUUACGUGAACUUCAAGAAGAAACAGGUUAUAUUGGUAAAAUUAAAAAUAUAUCAGAUCCUAUUUGUUAUGAACCUGGAUUAACUGAUUCCAUGACUAGAAUUGUUGAUAUUGAGAUUGAUUUAUCAUUAAAAGAUAAUAUUUCACCUUUACAAUCAUUAGAUGUUGAUGAAUGGAGUUUAAAAGUAAUAAAACUUCCUUUAUACAAUUUAUAUGACGAAUUAAAAGCUUAUGGAUUGACAGUAGAUUAUAUUCGUAUGCUUAUGGAUUAA